AUGAUCGCUCCCCAGAAACAUGCAGUUUUUGAUGUCGUCGGUACCUGCGUAUCGUUCGAUGUCUUUUUAAACUCAAUUGACCAUAUCCUCGGUCCGCGCCUACUGGAGCACAACGUGAAUGCCAAAAUAUUCGGUUUUGCAUGGAUGCAGGCGUCCGAGCUGGAGUCAUUGAUGCUGCACAUGUCCAAGCGAAGCACCCCGUACAAGGAGGUGUUCAAAGCUCUCUUUUACCGCGUGUUGUACAUGUCCGGGGUCGAAAACCCUAGAUCCUUUGCCACCGACGAAGAGAGAGAUCUGUGUCAGGACGCAUACUCGAAGUUGGAACUCCGACCAGACUGCCGAGCUAUGAUGGAGAAGUUGAGGAACAAUGGUUUCACUAUCUGGUGUUUGACUACGGGCGACACUGAACGAGUGGGCGGAUACUUCAAACGAGCAGGCUUCGACAUGCCGGCUGAGAACCUUGUCAGUUGCCACGAGUUUAUGACGCAUGGCUCUGCUUUGGAGUUUCCAUUGUCUAUGAUCAAGCCAGCUAUGGGAUCAUAUCAGCCCAUGCUCGAAAAGUUCGCUCCCGAGGACCAAAAGUGGUUCGUCGCGGCGCAUAUGUGGGAUGUUAGUGCAGCUGUCAAGGCCGGUUUCCGUGGUGCUUAUUGCUCAGUCUAUGAGAAGGAGUCAUGUAUUGAGAUCUUUGAUACGAAGAUGGACGCCACAGCCGACACCUUGAUUGACCUAGCCGAUGGCAUGAUCGCUGCGUCUUCCUAG